AUGGCUACCUCUAGUGUCCUCGCCUUUGACGCUGAGGAUCGGGCCAUUGACUUUGACGUCUGGGUAGAUGACCUGCAGCUUUUCUUACAGUGCGAUAGGGCAGACGGUCUCUCUCUCUUUGACCUCACCUCAGGUGCCUCUCCUGCCCCUGCUGCUGAUGCUGACGCCACUGUUCGCUCACACUGGGCCACACGCAAUGCUGCUGCACGUCUUGUUGUGCGUCGCCACCUGCCUACCUCUAAGCUCACCCGCCUCCCUGACUCCCUUCGCGUAGUCAGGGACCACUUCCUCUCAGUUUGCCCCACCACUCUCACCGUUGACCUCCUCGAGAAGGCCCUCCUAGCAGCAGAGAAGAGCAUAGUCGCUGUAGGAGCCUCUCGUGGUGACCCUCGCACCCCCGUCUUUGAUGGGUGUUCCCCCUCCCCCCUUUUGCCCUCUGUUGCCUCUGCUGCUGCGGCCGACCUCGUUGGCUUUGAGUCGGUCGAUGCUGCGUCUGCCCCUGGCGAGAGACGCCGCUCUGGCAAGGGCAAGGGGGGCAAGGGCGCUAGAGGGGCUGGCGGGGGCGGUGGAGGUGGCGCUAGAGGCAGUGGAGGGGGUGGGGGUGGUGGUUGGAGUGGUGGCGGGGGUGGAGGUGUAGGUGGCGGCAGUGGAGGCGGAGGCGGAGGCGGCGGUGGCAAAGGCGGCGGUGGCGAUGGCGGUGGGAGCGGAGGUGGCGGCGGUGGAGAAGGCGGCGGCGGAGGAGGUGGAGCUGGUUGGGGUGGAGCUACGCAGAGGGUCGGCUCCGGUGGUGGUGAGCAGUGCGGGGGUGCGCACCCCACCCAGCGCUGCUUUGGCCGCCUGACGGACGCUUGGCGCCACCAGUUCCCUGAGGCCACUGAGAUCCCUCGCUGGGGCGAGCUGUCUAGGGCGGGCGUAGCUAUCUUUGACCUUGACUUUGAUGCUAUUCUUGCUGCCAUGUAUGCUAAGACUAUUAGUGAGGAGGGUGACUGUUACCGGUGUUUUCCGCCCGACCUGGGCAUUGAGACUGCUGCUUUAGGUACUGGUGAGGCUGCUGCUCUAGUUGGUAGCGAGGCUGUUGCUCUAGGUGCCAGUGCGUCUGCUUCCUCAGGUGCUGGUGAGUCUGCGCUCUCAGGUACCACGCCGGCUUCGGCCUCCCACACCUUCACCUUUGACUCGGAGGCUUCUCGCUCCUUCUUCCGAGACUGCACCACACUUUCGCCGCUUGGUUGGCCAGUUGCAGUCUCUCUGGCAGACCCCUCUGGGGGUCCUGUCCUUGCUCACUUCUCCACUGUCCUCCCGUGUCCGGCGGCCCCCUCCGGCACCCUGUCUGGUCUUUACCUCCCCUCGUUCUCUAUGAACUUGGUGAGUGGUGCUGACCUACAGGAUGCGGGGGUUCACCAGUUCACUCCUGCGCGUCAGCGGGUGACCCACUGCACGGACGCUCGGACAAGCCGACACCUGGCCACGUUUACACGGCGUGCCCCUGCUUGCGUCCCCUGCGUCGAGGGGCGGCAGCGUGCUGCCCCUCACUCCUCCCAGUUUCCGCCGACAGAGGCCCCGCUGCAGACGCUUCACAUGGACUUGUGGGGCCCGGCCUGCGUCCGUGGACAGGGUCACGAGCGCUACUUCCUGCUGGUGGUUGACGACUACUCGCGUUACACCACAGUCUUCCCCUUGCGCAGCAAGGGUGAUAUCACUGAGGUGUUGAUCGACUUGAUCCGCGCAGCUCGUCUCCAGCUCAGGCAGAGCUUCGGCUCGGACUUCCCUGUUCUGCGUCUGCACUCUAACAGAGGUGGAGAGUUCUCCUCUGGCCUUCUACGAGCCUACUGUCGUGCACGAGGCAUCCGCCAGACCUUCACACUUCCGGACUCUCCACAGCAAAAUGGGAUUGCUGAGCGCCCCAUUGGCAUGGUCAUGGACGUCGCUCAUACGUCCAUGAUGCAUGCGGCUGCCCCCCAUUUUUUGUGGCCGUUUGCGGUUCGGUACGCGGCGCAUCAGAUCAACCUUCAGCCCAGGGUCUCCAGGCCGGAGACCUCCCCAGCCUUGCUGUGGAUGGGGAAGGUAGGCGAUGCGUCUGCGUUCCGUAUCCGGGAAUCUCGGGCGUUUGUCUGCGACUUGUCUGCGGACAAGCUGUCCCCUCGUGCUGCUCCUUGCGUCUUCCUUGGCUUCCCCCCUGACGCGCCAGGGUGGCAGCUCUACAACCCCACCUCUCGCCGUGUUCUGUCCUCCCAGGACGUCACGUUUGACGGGUCGGUCCCCUACUGCCGCCUCUUCCCCUACCGCACUCCGUCCCUCCCCCCGCCACCGCUCUUCCUUGUGCCAGACGCAAUCGAGCCUGUCGAGGUUACUGGUGACUCUGGUGCUGCUGAGCGUGCUGAGCUUGAGGGUGUUGACUCUGGGGGUGCUGAGCGUGUGAGUGCUACGCCUGGGGGUGCUGAGCCAGAGGGUGCUACUACUGGGGGUGCUGAGCCUGGGGGUGCUGGGCGUGGGGGUGCUACUACUGGGGGUGCUGAGCCUGGGGGUGCUGAGCUUGGGGUGCUACGACUGGGGGUGCUGAGCUUGGGGGUGCGGAGCCUGAGGGAGCUGGGCCUGCUCGUGUCGCGUCUGGCGGUACUAAGCCUGCAGGUUCUCCGGGUGCUUCGUCUCGGCGGGAGCCACUCUCUCCACUGGAGCUGCGUGAGUGGUUUUCCCGGCGCUGGAGGCGUGCUGCUGGAGCUGGAGGUUCUUCGGCUGCUGAGGGUGCAAGUGCUGCGGGUCCCGAAGGUGCUCGUACUGGGGGUACUGGAGCUGCUGGGCCCGCGGGUACGACUGGAGCUGGAGCUGCUGAGGGUGUUGGCGCUUAGGUUACUACUGUCAGUCCUGGAGGCGGUCCUGCUGGGGGUGCUACUGGUGCUGCUGGAGGUACUGGAGCUGGAGGUGCUGCUGGCGCUGGUGCUGCCGCUGGGGUUACAGCCGGCCUCCCCACUGCCUGCUCCUUCUCCCUACACUUGUCCUAUUGGAGGUCUUGCUGAGCGUCGUGAGCCUGCGUCUCGCCCUGCGUGGCCUGUUCGUACUGCUCGCACUAGUGGUAGUGGUUCGCGUCAGCGUCCUCCCCCUGUCCCUGGCACGCACCGGAUGUCUCUGCGUCCGUCCACUGCUCCUCUGCGUGCCCCUUUGCCUUCUCCUCCUGAAUCCUCUCUUCCUGCUCUUGCCGACCCGGAGUCGGACACUCUUCGUGGUGCCAGUCCUUCUGUCACGCGUCUCCUUGCUAGUGUCGUCACUGACCCUUCUUUUGAGUCCACUGCUGCGUCUGCCCUAGUUGCUGAGCUCGUCGACUUUGCUGCUCGCUGUCGUCUAGACUACGCGGCUAGUCUUGUCGCUGAAUCUGAGUCUGUCUGUCCUCCAUCCGUCAGGGGUGAGUGUGCUCUUGGCACGGACGUUCUUGAGGAAAGGCAGGAGGAGUUCUAG